UGCAAUGGAGGGCCCGACUGAGCGAGAGGCAUGCAUUCACUGCCUGUGAGGGAGUAAACACUGAGACGUGUACUCAUCUGCUGACCUGCUCCUGUGUCUCUACCAGUGGCAGGGCUAAAUGGAGACCGUAAUCAUGGAACCAAAAUGGCAGUUCAUUUCCUAUUCUUCUAAUGAGCUCUGUCUAGGUAUGUACUUCCAGGAUGAAAGAACCAUGUCUGCUUUCCUCCAAAACCAGGACCGCCCCUGUCCUCAGGAGAGAUUUUGUCCAUAAACCAAUAUUAGGAUGACGUCAAGAGCAAAGAAGCGCAUUGUUCUUCCCUCUCGUCCUGAGCCCCCCCAUGUAGAUGAAAUUCUAGAAGAUGUUCGUGGCGCAGUAACAACUGAUCCUGUGUUCGUUUGUGACCUUAAUGAUGAUUCCUCGAUACCUUCCCAGGAGUCCACCGAUGACCGCGAAAAGCAGUACACGCAGAGCUGCUCCUACGUGCAGUUGAACAACAAGUUGAAAGAAACUCAGGUUGAGCUGAAACAAAAAUUUGAGUCAUUAAGAUCUUCUGGAUUGAAGCUCGGGAAAGUUAUAGAAGAGUUGAGAGAGGCAGCCAUGUGACUGUGGUCCCCUGCUGAUAGGAGCAUUGCAUGGUAUUGACUUUGUAACUUUCGUUGGUGGGAGUAUUUAUCUUCUUUAAAGUACAGUCCAUGUCGAUUAUUUGUAUGGAAUAUCUUCAAGAAAUGUGUACUGCAUGGAAAUUGUGUCACUUCAGUAGGUAUGUGCGCCUCACCAUACCCCUAUCAAUUCUCCGUGUGGUACAGUAUAGAGGACACAGACCUGGUCACGGACAUUGUUGGGACUCUGGAAGAGAAUGGCUACCAUGGCUAUGUUGAGCACCGUGAUAAGGCCGCUGGACUUCUUGCUAUUUCUUCAGCUACAAUGAUAAUUGAAUCCAGUGUGGUAUCCUUCCUUGUGCUUUCCUCUCAUUCUCUCCAAGAGUGUUGGUACAAACGGGUGGCCGAUUGGUGCCUGACAAAUGUUAUUCAGAACAAAACUGCCAGGGUAGUGCCUAUAUAUAUUGAUUUACGAGACACCCAGAAGCCAGAUACUUUAAGGUUUCUACAAGGCCUCAAGUAUAACAACAAGUAUUUUAAAAGACAGCUUCUACAAACUAUGGAGGCCGCAGUCCGUCACUGACAACAAUUCUACACUUUUAUUAU